UUUUCAUACAAUGCAUGUACUUUGCAUUGUGUCCGCUUUGAACUUUCGUAUCUUAUUUAUUUAUUUUGUGUCUCAUUGAUAUCUUUACAAAUUUAUCAAAUGAGUACUUGUGGAUCUGAUUAAAUGUAGUGUUAAAUUAAUGAAAUAUUCAAUCAAUAUGUCUUCUAAUUCUGAUAUGAAGAAACCAAGCGAGGCAGAUGUCGGCCCUAACAACUCCCAAAUGGAAUGUCAAAAGCCGGCUGAUAACGCCGAGAAAAACAAAAUAAACAAAAAUUCUGGUGAAUCUCAAGGAACUUGUUACUGUGGCAAAGAUCGCAACCUCAACAUAGCAGAAUUACUGUGCGCCUCUUGCAACAGAUGGUUCCAUGAAUCCUGUAUAGGGUACCAAUUGGGAAAACUGGUUCCAUUUAUGACCAAUUAUUUAUUUAUUUGUAAAAACUGCUCACCAACUGGUUUGGAGACGUUUAAGAAGAAUCAAGCUCCAUUCCCUCAGAUGUGCCUGACAGCUAUAGCUAACCUGAGACAGGAGAGUGUCAAAGAUGGCAGCAACAAGCUCCUCUUCAGUAAGGAUCGGGACAUCAUUCCUUACAUAGACCAAUACUGGGAAGCCAUGACCACCAUGCCCAGAAGGGUAACUCUGUCUUGGUACGCGACGGUCCAGCGCGCGUUAAUAAAAGACAUCGAAGUACUCUUCACUUACGAAGAGGACGCAUCGCAGGGGCCUAUGUUCGGCCUCUACAAUAUGGAGCUCACCUCCAUCAAGCCCAACUACGAAGCUAUGAUCAAGCAGGGCCAGUUGAAGGUCACCGACAUGGGCAUCGCGACCAUUCCACUAGCGGGUAACGUGAAAGGGCGUCAGGGCAAACGCCGGCCGGCGGUGGGCGCCGCGGCGGAUGCUGGCGCUCCCGUGGGAAAGAAGGGACGCACCGCCGACCUGGGCGCGCUGAAACUACCCUCGCACGGCUACCCCACUGAGCACCCCUUCAACAAGGACGGCUAUCGGUACAUACUGGCUGAACCUGAUCCCCACGCACCGUUUAGACAGGAGUUCGACGAGAGCAACGAAUGGAGUGGCAAGCCGAUCCCGGGCUGGUUGUACCGCUCGCUGUGUCCCGGGAUCGUGUUACUGGCGCUGCACGACCGCGCGCCGCAGCUCAAGAUCUCGGAGGACAGGCUCGCCGUCACCGGGGAGAAGGGAUACUGCAUGGUCCGGGCUACCCAUGGCGUGUCGCGCGGCUCGUGGUACUGGGAGGCGAGCGUGGAGGAGAUGCCGGAGGGCGCCGCCACGCGCCUGGGCUGGGGGCGGCGCUACGCCAACCUGCAGGCGCCGCUCGGCUACGACAAGUUCGGAUACUCCUGGAGGAGCCGCAAGGGGACCAGGUUCCACGAGUCCCGCGGGAAGCACUACAGCGCGGGGUACGGCGAGGGCGACACGCUGGGGUUCCUGGUGGUGCUGCCCAACAGCGUCAACACCAAGUACACGCCCAACACUUACAAAGACAGGCCCCUCGUAAAAUUCAAAAGCCACCUGUACUACGAAGAUAAGGACAACAUACAAGAAUCUCUGAGCAAUCUCAAGCCUCUGCCGAACAGCAAGAUGUACUUCUUCAAGAACGGCGAGUGUCAAGGGGAAGCGUUCGUGGACAUCUACCAGGGCUGUUACUACCCCACCGUAUCACUGCAUAAGAAUGUUACCGUCAGCGUCAACUUUGGACCCAACUUCAAAUACCCACCUGCUAUUGAAUAUCAGUAUAGACCGAUGUCAGAAAAGGCAGAGGAAGCGAUAUGCGAGCAAACCAUGGCAGAUUUACUUUAUCUAACAGAGAACGAGGGCAAGCUACGACUAGACAACUUUAACCUCUGAUACAACUAACACCGCUAGUGCGGUGUGUGACUGACUGACACGAGUGUUGUGUUGUGUUGAAAAUGUUCAUUUUGCACUUACUAAUAUAAAAUGUGAGGUACAGUUGACAAAACAAGUCACUGAGUAUAAAUUGUGGAAUAGGCACUAUCUGCAAUUAAAAAUAUUGAACAGUUAUGAAAUUUCUGAUAAAUAUAGUGGUAUUUAACCGUUAUGUGAAAUGUAUGUAUUUAAAUAUAAUAUAUAUAGUAUUGUUAAAAAAAAUAUGCUAGUGAUAAUGAUUACAGUUCAUUUGUAAGUAUUCUUUCUGUUUAUAACUUGACGCAAUUAUUAUAUAACAUGAACAUUUUGUGAACUAAAAAUCUUAUGAUUAUGUAUUGAGAACAGUGACUACUUAAAAAUUUUAUGCUACAUAGUUGUCAUGAAUAUUUUGUUGGUAACUUUGCUGGGCAUAGAAACGGGAAUACAAUGCAUCUUAUAUUUAUUGGAAAAAUGUAUAACACAAUGUCAGUAUGAGACAUACUUCCAACUGUCUGAGCCUAAUAAAACUAAUUCGAUUUUAAGUUAUGCUGUAAAAAGUAAGCCAAACUUUUUGUUUGAAUCUCUUUGCAAAAUCAGAAUUAAGGUACUAUCAGUAUUCUAUAAUAAUGUAUUAAACAAUUAUUGAAAUGUAAAAAUAAAAAAAUUAUUCAAUUGCUACUAAAUUAAUAUACAAUUAAUAUUGUUACUCAUAAAAAUAUAUAAAUAAUGUAAGCAAAUGAUGCACUUUCAACUCAAGUUGUUUGAAUGUGGUGAAUUGAGUACAUAAUGUAAGCAAUAAAUAUUUUGUAAUGAAAA